GUCUCAGUGUUGGCCAAGGCAAGGCAGAUUGAAGAAGAAAAACGUAAAAAUAAGUCAGAAUAGCGCAGAACCAUUGGCUGCGCCUCUUUUGUGGUCAAAUAAUAAUGUCCUCUAAAUCGAAGUUUGAUGGAAGUGAACUGGAAAAUCAAUUUAUUCUUCGUGUACCUCAGGUAUAUGCAUCCGGACUCCGACACGCAAUCCAAAAUGACUCACUUAAAGAGAGGCUCUCGAUUGAAUUUCAAGCCGAUCAUAGACACGCCACAGUGAGGUUUGAUGGAGCAGCUUUAUCGGCAAAGCUUUUGGAUUUACCAUGCAUAAUAGAGUCUCAUAAAACUGUGGACAACAGGAGCUUUUACAAGACUGCAGACAUCUGCCAAAUGCUUGUUUGCUCUGAAGAUGACAGCACAAGAGAGGAGAUAUCCCCUAAGAAAGAAUCUAAGAAAUUUAUUUGGAAUCAUGGGAUAACAGGCCCACUUAAAAAUGUUCGGAAACGAAGAUUUCGAAAAACAGCUAAGAAGAAGGUUGUGGAAUCUCCAGAGAUUGAAAAAGAGGUAAAACGUUUGCUUAGGACUGAUCUUAGUGCUUCUAAUGUCAGCUUUGAGGUACUACAAGACGAGGAAAAAGCAGAUGAGAAUGUGGUGUCUGAUGCUGACAUACUGAACAGUUCUAUGCCUUCACCACUGUCCCGGGACCCAGGGAAAGAUAGUGUUAGUGAUGAUGAAGACAGGAAUGAACUUUUUGCCAUCCUCCAGGAGGCUAGUAGUGAUGAGCAAGAUGAGGCUGAUACUCAGCAGGAAGAUGAUGGAGAUGAUAAUGAGGUUAAUGUUGAUGUAGAAAUGGAGGAAAGUGCUUCCAAUUCUUUUGGAGAAAGUGAAAAUCAUUGUCAAGCUUUGUUAGAUUCAGCAAGAGAGAAACUGAGACAGAUUCAAGCAGCUCGUACAGAGCAGGAGAGGCGCAUUGAAGAAGCCUCUAAUCUGUUUCUGAAACAACGAUUUGAGAAAGCUUUAGAGGAGAUAAAAUCUCAGGAGGCCAAACAAGAACUAGAGGUUUCAAGGCUCGAAGCUGAUGCUUUCUCUAAGCCAUGAAACGUACAGUGACAAGCAAGUGAAUUAUGUUAAACUUUGACCACUCAACUCCAUUUACACCUAAUUGGGUAUGAGUUUACUAACUUAAAUGGAUCGACUCAUGAACAUAUUUUAAACUUAUCAGAUCACUCUGUGAGAAACUGUAGGUAUUGGUCUUGUUGACAACACUUCUUGAAAUUCAUUUAAUAAUGGUUUUAUUUUGUAUUAUUAUUAUUAUUUAUUUAUUCCUCCAAUUCCUAGCUGAUACAUAGUUAUGUAAAUAUAACGUGAAAAAA